AGCCCUUGCGUUUGCUGUUUGUAUUCCCGCCUGUUGCCACUCUAAGACUGUUUGUGGGAUGACUUAUCUCGAUGAAAUGAAACAAGUCCAUAUUGAUGGGAAAACCAGCUACACUGUUCCAAGGCACAUGGAAUUCAUUCGUAAGGUGGGUUCGGGCGCUUAUGGAACAGUAGCGAGCUUCAGUGAUGGGAGAGACCACAAGGUUGCGGUGAAAAAGGUACAGAAUGCCUUUGAUGAUUUAAUUGAUGCCAAACGUAUCCUCAGAGAGAUUAAGCUAUUGAGGACUUUUGACCAUGAUAACAUUGUGCGUAUCCUGGACAUGUAUCCACCCCAAAGCCCUGAUUUCGAAGAUAUCUAUAUUGUGACAGACCUGAUGGAGACGGAUCUCCAUCGUGUUAUAUACUCUAAGCAGAGCCUCACGGAUGAGCACUAUCAAUACUUUAUAUAUCAGAUGUUGAGGGGCCUCAAGUACCUCCACUCAGCUAACGUUAUCCAUAGAGACCUCAAACCGAGCAAUAUUCUUGUCAAUAAGAACUGUGAUUUAAAGAUUUGUGAUUUCGGUCUGGCACGUGGAUUUUCACAUGGAUGCGAUGAUAGUAACCCGGAUCCGAACCUCACUGACUAUGUCGUUACGAGGUGGUACCGCGCCCCAGAAGUCGUCCUGCUUGCUUCCGAGUAUACCAAAGCGAUUGAUGUGUGGGCUGUUGGAUGCAUAUUAUGUGAGUUACUUGGGCGUAGAGCUCUAUUCACGGGUAAGGAUCAUCUUGACCAGAUCAAGAAGAUAAUAGAGGUUUCCGGUAUGCCUACAGAAGAGGAACUGCAUUGGUUACCACCUGAUGGACCAGCUCGACGUUUCAUAAGAAAGUGUCCACAGUCUCGCGGUAAAGACAUGCAUGAACUCUACCCAGAGGCGAACGCUUUAGCUAUCGAUUUGGUGAGUCUGAUGUUGCAAUUCGACCCGACCAGGCGCAUCUCUGUGGAGCAAUCCUUGAAGCACCCUUACUUGGAGGGAUAUCACAGUCCAGAUGACGAACCAGAGGCUGAACGGCCGGUCGAUUGGACCUUCGAUAACUUUAAGCCUACUAAACGACUGUUACAGAACUAUGUCUACUGUGAAUGCGCUCGUUUUCAUCCAGGUUUGCUGCAGCGAGAUGCUGCUCUAUUCGCGCAGAGGGGGCUCGAUAUAGCAUUACGUGAGUAUGGACUACUCUGAAGGAAGCGGCAGUAGCAAGUGAAGCUCUUAUUCAUUUCGAACCCUCAUUAUCAUAUCAUACGUAACCUGUCUUAUUUUUGAAGGGGCUGAUCAGGUAGGCUGUGAAACGAUAUGUGCCGAUGAGAGGUAGGGGUGAUAGCAGCAAACAUUUAAAGUGUUGUAUUACUCAUUAGCAG